AUGGAUGAAGACGGUCAGAACCUGCGAAAGCAGAAGCUUGACAAUCAGUGGAAUCUCUUGAAACAGAAACAGAGACGGAAGCGACAGGAUGUCCUGAUGGUUCAGGCAAACCCAGAUGCCAAGGUGAAGCCCAGACAGCUAAGAAAAGUUGAUGAGCAGAUAUCACCAUUCAACACCCACAGCAUUAACGUGCUUUCAGACUUUUCCUGCAAGGUUCCAGUGGAAGAGAUUCCGAGCACUCAGCUCCAGUUAGAGUCACUUGACAAUGGUGACGGCUCGUUUGUUGACCUAGAUAUUCGCAAUGUGGCUAUCAACAAGGAACAAGUGUGGAAUCUGGGAAAAGAUGUACUGGAAGUGGCUGUGGAGGAACUCGUGGAGAAUGGAGCAGGAAAUCUGAACUGCCCUUUUGAACUGAGAGAGUCGACGGUGGCAAGGACAGAGAGAGUACAGAGUCCGGGCAAAGGUCGGCCAGGCAAGGAGCAACUGAGAUACCUGAACACUGACUGGAAGGUGAUGGUGCCGGAUUUGGCCGUCAAACUCCAAACUCCUUUCAAAGUGAAGUCGCAAAGAGGAACAAACCGAGAGAAAAGGCAGAGACGGAAAGAAGCAUUCUCAGUGUCUGAAACUCCGAUUCCCGAUCCAAAGUCGGGCACAGACUCCUCAUCAUCCAGUGCUGCUCAAACACUGAAGAAAAAGAAACCGAAGAGGACAGGAGGCAAUGAUGGUGCCAUCCAGGAGCAGCUGCAGGAAAUUGAGGAAAAGGUUGAGGUCUUCACAGUGGAGGAAUCGAGUGAGGAACAGGAGGAGGAAGUCAGUACUGUGACAGUCGUGGCCAAAAGGAACAGGGGAAUGAAGAUAAAAGCUCAUUCACAGAAGCUCAUUGAGGAUGAGACUGAGGAUGAACAGGAUCUGGGAGAUGAGGAGAAAGAGACAGAGGAGGAGGAAAACAUCUGUCAGCAGAUCCACAGCUGUGAAGAGCUGGACUCAGCUUCUGGCAAAACAUCCCCUAAUGAAAGUCCCAGAUGUGAGAGUGUCUCGGUUAAAGUGGGUAAACUUGAGGAAUUUGCCUUCAAACCUGCACCACAAGGGACAGUUGUUAAGUGUCGGAUUACCAGGGACAAGAAGGGAAUGGAUAAGGGAAUGUUUCCGACUUACUACCUACACAUGGAGAGAGACGAUGGGAAAAAGAUAUUCUUGAUGGCUGGUCGCAAACGCAAAAAGAGCAAAACAUCAAAUUAUCUGAUCUCCACUGACCCAACUAACCUGUCCCGUGGUGGAGAGAGCUUCAUUGGGAAGUUGAGGUCUAAUGUCCUUGGAACCAAGUUCACUGUAUUUGAUAAUGGAGUGAAUCCAGACAAAAUACCCAUGGUGCCAGAGUGCAUGACUCUCCGGGAAGAGAUAGUUGCUGUAUAUUAUGAAACCAACAUUCUUGGAUUUAAGGGACCACGGAAAAUGACAGUGAUCAUCCCAGGAAUGAAUCUGGACGGUGAGAGAGUUUGCAUUCGACCCAAGAAUGAACACGAGACAUUGCUGACACGAUGGCAGAAUAAAAACAUGGAGAAUAUCAUCGAACUGCAUAACAAGGCUCCAGUCUGGAAUGAAGACACUCAGUCCUAUGUCCUGAACUUUCAUGGACGUGUGACCCAGGCCUCAGUGAAGAAUUUCCAAAUCAUCCAUUCCAAUGACCCCAAUUACAUCAUCAUGCAGUUUGGCCGUGUUGCUGAUGAUGUCUUCACAAUGGAUUAUAAUUACCCCAUAUGCCCCAUUCAGGCCUUCGCAGUCUCACUGUCCAGUUUUGCCAGCAAGCUGGCCUGCGAAUAG